AUGAGCCCUCCCUCCCAUUCCCAUUCCCUCUACGACAUCGAAAACUGGCCGCUCCCUCCCUCCCGUCGCGAAAGCACCUUCUCCUCCUCCACGGGGUCGUCUGGAUCCGCCAUCCUGGGUUCCCCGUCGUCGCCUCUGUGGCAUUCGCCCCCCACCCCUGCGACCUCGCCGGGGACGCGGUCGAGGGUUCCCUCGCUGCACGAAGACGCCGUGCGUCUCCAGCUCCACCCGGCCGUUACGAUAUCGUUCGUCCGGAAUAACAAGCUCUUCAAGCUGAGAUACACCUACAUCGACAUCUGCAAGGAUGUCACGGGGACGCUGAAGUGUUUCGAGCUGGGCGGCGGAGUUGGCCAGCAAUCGCCGUUUAUCCACAGCUUCCAUGGCACGAAACUCCCCGUCCCGCACCUCGAACACCCCAAACUCUGCGACGAACCUUCCCUCCGCAUCUCCUUUCUGGAGGAGCAAACCGUCCAGAGCAACUGCACCGUCUUCACCACCCAGAUCUCGUACACUUUUGAAGAUUGGCGGGACUGCGUGCAGUUCCAGGAACUCGUCCUCGCCGCGAAACUGGUCUUCAUCGCGGGCAUCGCUGAAGCGAAAUCCAAAGGCCGCGGUGAAGAAUGCAUCAGUCAGAACCUACGGGUGCUCCGCGGGCCGAACGGGAAACAAGUGAUGCUUUUCUUUGCAAAUUCACAGCGCAAGGAGCUAAAGCGUUAUGUCUCGAUACCUUUAAACUGCAUUGACACGGUCAACCCGGGCAAGAAGGCUGGUCGGCCGGUGGUGCUCGAACUCCAACCGAACUUUGACAUUUUGGCGCAGAUGAGGGUGUUGAAUAUCCAGUUCCUGGAUGACCAGGAUCGCAAAGCAUUCUGCGCCUUUCUCACCAAUCAAAUGCUAUAA